AUGACUGUUCUCUACUCCGAGUGUACCUACCGACAACGCGCUACCAGCGGGCCUAGGAGCUCAGAGGAAUCAUUCUCUACUCCGAGUCCAAACCUGCCUGAUGAUAACAAGCUACCUGACGAUAACAACAAGCUACCUGACGAUAACAACAAGCUACCUGACGAUAACAACAAGCUACCUGACGAUAACAACAAGCUACCUGACGAUAACAACAAGCUGCCUGACGAUAACAACAAGCUGCCUGACGAUAACAACAACCAGCCUGACGAUAACAACAACCAGCCUGAUGACAAUGAUAACAACAACCAGCCCGAUGACAAUGAUAACAACAACCUGCCCGAUGACAAUGAUAACGACAACCUGCCCGACGACGACGACAACCUGCCCGAUACGACAACAACCUGCCCGACGACGACGACAACCUGCCCGACGACGACGACAACCUGCCCGACGACGACGACAACCUGCCCGACGACGACGACAACCUGCCCGACGACGACGACAACCUGCCCGACGACGACAACCUGCCCGACGACGACAACAACCUGCCCGACGACGACAACAACCUGCCCGACGACGACGACAACCUGCCCGACGACGACGACAACCUGCCCGACGACGACGAACAACCUGCCCGACGACGACGACAACCUGCCCGACGACGACGACAACAACCUGCCCGACGACGACGACAACCUGCCCGACGACGACGACAACCUGCCCGGCGACGACGACAACCUGCCCGACGACGACAACAACCUGCCCGACGACGACGACAACCUGCCCGACGACGACGACAACAACCUGCCCGACGACGACGACAACCUGCCCGACGACGACAACCUGCCCGACGACGACGACGACAACCUGCCCGGCGACGACGACAACCUGCCCGACGACGACAACCUGCCCGACGACGACAACCUGCCCGACGACGACAACGACAACAACCUGCCCGAUGAUGCCGACAACAACCUGCCCGACCUGCCCGACGACAACAACCUGCCCGACGACGACAACAACCUGCCCGACGACGACAACAACGACAACAACCUGCCCGACGACGACGACGACAACAACCUGCCCGACGACAACAACCUGCCCGACGACGACGACAACAACCUGCCCGACGACGACGACGACCUGCCCGACGACGACGAUGACGACAACAACCUGCCCGACGACGACGACGACAACAACCUGCCCGACGACGACGACGACGACGACGACGACGACAACAACCUGCCCGACGACGACGACGACAACAACCUGCCCGACGACGACAACAACCUGCACGACGACGACGACAACAACCUGCCCGACGACGACGACAACAACCUGCCCGGCGACGACGACAACAACCUGCCCGACGACGACGACGACAACAACCUGCCCGACGACGACGACGACAACAACCUGCCCGACGACGACGACGACAACAACCUGCACGACGACGACGACGACGACGACAACAACCUGCCCGACGACGACGACAACCUGCCCGACGACGACGACAACCUGCCCGACGACGACGACAACCUGCCCGACGACGACGACAACCUGCCCGACGACGACGACAACCUGCCCGGCGACGACGACGACAACCUGCCCGACGACGACGACGACAACCUGCCCGGCGACGACGACAACCUGCCCGACGACGACGACAACCUGCCCGACGACGACAACCUGCCCGACGACGACGACAACCUGCCCGACGACGACGACAACCUGGCCGACGACGACGACAACCUGCCCGGCGACGACGACGACGACGACGACGACAACCUGCCCGACGACGACGACGACAACCUGCCCGACGACGACGACGACAACAACCUGCCCGACGACGACGACAACCUGCCCGACGACGACGACAACCCUGCCCGACGACGACGACAACCUGCCCGACGACGACGACAACAACCUGCCCGACGACGACGACAACCUGCCCGACAACAACGACGACAACAACCUGCCCGACGACACGACGACAACAACCUGCCCGACGACAACAACCUGCCGACGUGGUUACGGCGACAACAACCUGCCCGGCAGAUUCGAGUAAAAGACAACAACCUGCCCGACGACGAGAUACGACAACAACCUGCCCGAAAAGGCACCCAACCUGCCCGACGACGACGACAACCUGCCCGACGACACUACAACCUGCCCGAUGAGAUAAGGGACUACAACCUGCCCGACACGACAACCUGCCCGACGACGACGACGACAACAACCUGCCCGACGACAACAACCUGCCCGACGACGGCGGACGACAACAACCUGCCCGGCGACAGGCGGCGACAACAACCUGCCCGACGACGGAGACAGGCGGGAGACAACAACCUGCCCGGCACGACGGCAGACGGCAACCCUGCCCGGACGACGAGACGACAACAACCUGCCCGACGGGACGACGACAACGACAACAACCUGCCCGGGACGCGGCGACAACAACCUGCCCGACGACGACAACAACCUGCCCGGCGACGACAACAACCUGCCCGGGACGACGACAACAACCUGCCCGGCGACAACAACCUGCCCGACGAGCGACAACAACCUGCCCGAAACAGGUUUGACGAGGUCGACAACAACAACCUCCCGACGACGGACGACGACAACAACCUGCCCGACGAGGGUCACGACGACAACAACCUGCCCGACGACAACAACCUGCCCGACGACGACGACAACAACCUGCCCGACGACGACGACAACAACCUGCCCGACGACGGUUCACAACAACCUGCCCGACGAGGUAGCUUCAGAAACAAAGGUGGCUUCAGAAACAAAGGUGGCUUCAGAAACAAAGGUGGCUUCAGAAACAAAGGUGACUUCAGAAACAAAGGUGACUUCAGAAACAAAGGUGACUUCAGAAACAAAAGGUGA